AGGGAGGCGGCUGGUUCCGGCCCCGCGGGGACGCACGGGCGGCAGCCAUGAGCUACGACCGGGCUAUCACCGUCUUCUCCCCAGACGGACACCUCUUCCAGGUGGAGUACGCUCAGGAGGCGGUGAAGAAGGGCUCCACCGCGGUUGGAGUAAGAGGGAAGGACAUUGUUGUUCUUGGGGUGGAAAAGAAGUCUGUGGCAAAACUUCAGGAUGAAAGAACUGUACGGAAGAUCUGUGCUCUCGAUGACAACGUCUGCAUGGCGUUUGCAGAGCACACUCUUGUUUCAGGGCUGACAGCUGAUGCCAGGAUAGUUAUAAAUAGAGCUCGUGUGGAGUGUCAGAGCCAUAGGCUUACUGUGGAGGAUCCUGUCACUGUGGAGUACAUCACACGCUACAUUGCUAGUCUGAAACAGAGGUACACACAAAGCAAUGGCCGCAGACCCUUUGGUAUCUCUGCUCUUAUUGUGGGAUUUGACUUUGAUGGAACCCCACGGCUGUACCAGACUGAUCCCUCUGGCACAUACCAUGCUUGGAAGGCUAAUGCCAUUGGCAGAGGAGCCAAAUCUGUGCGUGAAUUCCUGGAGAAAAACUAUACUGAUGAAGCCAUUGAAACAGAUGAUCUGACCAUUAAACUGGUCAUCAAAGCUCUGCUGGAGGUGGUGCAGUCUGGUGGGAAGAACAUUGAGCUGGCAGUAAUGAGGCGAGAACAGCCACUGAAGAUCCUCAACCCUGAAGAAAUCGAGAAGUAUGUUGCCGAAAUUGAAAAAGAAAAGGAAGAAAAUGAAAAGAAGAAACAGAAGAAAACAUCAUGAUGAAGUUUGACUGCUUAGCUGCUUCUUUUUAAUUCAAGUGAUGGGUUACUCUGUAUAGACACCAUGUAGGCAUUCCACUUACUCAUACUGUGCCCCUCUGGAGACCUACAAUAAAACCUACUGAUUUUUUUUUUUAAAGCUGUUAUUUUAAAACAAUCUCUGUUCCUUGGAUUUUGAUCCUCUAGGAUAAGUUGGUUGGCUUCAGAGCAGCAGUAGCAAUCCA